GCGAGAACGAAUCUCGAGAAACAGGAACCCUACACAGUAAAUGCGAAAAGUCCACAGUAGAAAGAGGCUACGUAGUAGUGUGAGAGGUGGCUCGGUCAAAGUUCGCUUCCACACGGCCAAUUCGGUGCUACUAGCGCAAGGGAUAGACCACUCGCUGGCUCAAGGCCAUCUUGACCUAAUUUUUGCGGUUGAGAACGUGGUGUGCAAAUACACCUUGUUGCCGGUUCCGAUUUAGAAGAUAAGAGAGGGGUUUCCAAGCUUUAGGCGAUGGAGAUCAGUAUCUUCAAUCAUUCAUAGCUACUCUCUACCCCAGAGUUGGCAUUUCUAUAAUUAUCUCAAGAACGGAUCAGCCAAAGAACGAACCUGCUUCACCAGGACCGAUUGACAGGUCCACGGAACAUUGCCAGUAACUACAUUCGAACAAGCAGAGCAUAGUGUCUACUAUCUAAUGGAAGAACCCACAUUAAUCUUGUACGUCGCCUUGAACCCUUGAGCAGGCCGA